AUAACGUAUUAUGAUGUAGGGGAGGGAGGAAGCAGGGCCAGGGUAGGGGGCACAUCCUCUCCCUGAAUGAAAUUCAUUUAGGGGCACUGUCUGCUCGCAUGUUCUGCUCUGGGAGAAAAUGGGUAGCAGAAGCUACAAUUUGUACUAAGCUAAUGAAAAGAGAGAAAAGAAGAAUGGGGAAGAGAAGGGCAAAGAAGGCAAAAAGAGAAGAGAAGAAAAAGGGAGGAGAGAGAAGGAGAAACGAGAAAAGAGGAAACCAAAUGAAGAGGAUGUGUGAGAGAAAAAAAUAUGAAACAGGUGUGAUGUUGAAGGGAUUCAGCUACCCACCACUGGAGGGCAGAAGUGGAAAAGAUCAGCUUUCAGACACCCAUUAUUGAAUCUCUCUGUUCCCAGAGAGCUCUUUCUGGAUUCUCAGUUCUAUUCCACUGAUAAAUUUAUUCCUGCAUUAGUAUUGCCUCUUAAAUACUAUAAUUUGGAAUCAAGUUUAAAUAUCAGGUUUUGAGUUUGCCAUCAUGUCAUUAACUACAAAUAAUUGAUCUCCUUAUAAUUUUAUGCCUCUUUUUGUUAGCCUUGGCUUAUCUCAAUAACCGUUAUUUCUACACAUUGCUGAGUUACAGGGAUAAGAGUUGGUGUCCUUGUUCUUUUUUCUUUCCUGGGAAUUGUUCUAGUACUGAGAUUUCCUCUUUGGCUUGAAGUUUCUGGUCUUCACUCUAGCACUAAUUGAAAAAAAAAAUUUGUUUUCCGAGAACUGUUACUUUCCUCCAUAUUUUCAAAUUUAUUAACAGAGAAUUGUACAGAGUGAUUUAUUUUACAACAGUAAAAUUCUAUUUGUGAGUACUUUGUUUUGAAAAGUUCAGAUCAACUGAUAAUACUAGUGCUGUGAUGAGACUCAGCUUGUACUGAAGAAUAGAUUUAUGACUAGACCUAGAGGAUCAAGACAUAAUGGGAGCAUUUUUAGACAAGCCAAAGAUGGAAAAGCAUAAUGCCCAGGGGCAGGGUAAUGGGUUGCGAUAUGGGCUAAGCAGCAUGCAAGGCUGGCGUGUUGAAAUGGAGGAUGCACAUACGGCUGUGAUCGGUUUGCCAAGUGGACUUGAAUCAUGGUCAUUCUUUGCUGUGUAUGAUGGGCAUGCUGGUUCUCAGGUUGCCAAAUACUGCUGUGAGCAUUUGUUAGAUCACAUCACCAAUAACCAGGAUUUUAAAGGGUCUGCAGGAGCACCUUCUGUGGAAAAUGUAAAGAAUGGAAUCAGAACAGGUUUUCUGGAGAUUGAUGAACACAUGAGAGUUAUGUCAGAGAAGAAACAUGGUGCAGAUAGAAGUGGGUCAACAGCUGUAGGUGUCUUAAUUUCUCCCCAACAUACUUAUUUCAUUAACUGUGGAGACUCAAGAGGUUUACUUUGUAGGAACAGGAAAGUUCAUUUCUUCACACAAGAUCACAAACCAAGUAAUCCGCUGGAGAAAGAACGAAUUCAGAAUGCAGGUGGCUCUGUAAUGAUUCAGCGUGUGAAUGGCUCUCUGGCUGUAUCGAGGGCCCUUGGGGAUUUUGAUUACAAAUGUGUCCAUGGAAAAGGUCCUACUGAGCAGCUUGUCUCACCAGAGCCUGAAGUCCAUGAUAUUGAAAGAUCUGAAGAAGAUGAUCAGUUCAUUAUCCUUGCAUGUGAUGGUAUCUGGGAUGUUAUGGGAAAUGAAGAGCUCUGUGAUUUUGUAAGAUCCAGACUUGAAGUCACUGAUGACCUUGAGAAAGUUUGCAAUGAAGUAGUCGACACCUGUUUGUAUAAGGGAAGUCGAGACAACAUGAGUGUGAUUUUGAUCUGUUUUCCAAAUGCACCCAAAGUAUCGCCAGAAGCAGUGAAGAAGGAGGCAGAGUUGGACAAGUACCUGGAAUGCAGAGUAGAAGAAAUCAUAAAGAAGCAGGGGGAAGGCGUCCCCGACUUAGUCCAUGUGAUGCGCACAUUAGCGAGUGAGAACAUCCCCAGCCUCCCACCAGGGGGUGAAUUGGCAAGCAAGAGGAAUGUUAUUGAAGCCGUUUACAAUAGACUGAAUCCUUACAAAAAUGACGACACUGACUCUACAUCAACAGAUGAUAUGUGGUAAAACUGCUCAUCUAGCCAUGGAGUUUACCUUCACCUCCAAAGGAGAGUACAGCUCAACUUUGUUGAAACUUUUAACAUCCAUCCUCAACUUUAAGGAAGGGGAUAUGACAUGGGUGAGAAUGAUUACAUCAGAGAACUUCAGCAGUACAACAGCUAGCCCAGAACUGAUUUUUUUUUUUGUUUUUUGUAAAUUUGAGACUUAUGUAAGCGUGAUUUCAAACCAUAAUUCGUGUUGUAAAUCAGACUCCAGCAAUUUUUGUUGUAUGAUUUUGUUUUUUUGUAAAGUGUAAUUGUCCUUGUACAAAAUGCUCAUAUUUAAUUAUGAACUGCUUUAAAUCACUAUCAAAGUUACAAGAAAUGUUUGGCUUAUUGUGUGAUGCAACAGAUAUAUAGCCCUUUCAAGUCAUGUUGUGUUUGGACUUGGGGUUGGAACAGGGAGAGCAGCAGCCACGUCAGCUACACGCUCAAAUGUGCAGAUGAUUAUGGAAAAUAACCUCAAAAUCUUACAAAGCUGAACAUCCAAGGAGUUAUUGAAAACUAUCUUAAAUGUUCUUGGUAGGGGAGUUGGCAUUGUUGAUAAAGCCAGUCCCUUCAUUUAACUGUCUUUCAGGAUGUUCCUUCGUUGUUUCCAUGAGUAUUGCAGGUAAUAAUACAGUGUAUUCAUAAGAAUCUCAAUCUUGGGGCUAAAUGCCUUGUUUCUUUGCACCUCUUUUCAAGUCCUUACAUUUAAUUACUAAUUGAUAAGCAGCAGCUUCCUACAUAUAGUAGGAAACUGCCACAUUUUUGCUAUCAUGAUUGGCUGGGCCUGCUGCUGUUCCUAGUAAGAUAUUCUGAAUUCCAUUUUAUCAAUAAAGCUUGAUUUAACAAACAAGAAA